GUGUGUGUCGUGCAUCGUACGACGAGCAAAAAUUUCGGACGGAACAGUGAAGUGCACAACCCAACCAGUCUCUCGAAUUAUCGGAAUAAUUUCAAGUUUAUAUCGCGUGCGAACGGAGUAGAUCCUCGCAAAAAGAAAAAUCCAAUUGUGCUGUGUGUGUGUUUGUAGAAAAUCCGCGUUCUCGAGUCGGAGAAUCGAGUGGACAAAUAAAAAUUCGCAGAAAUAUGGCGGAGGGACAGGACGACGCGAAAAAGAUUACGCUGACGGUGAAAACGCCAAAGGAAAAGCGAACAAUUGAAGUGGACGAGGAUGCCGAAGUUAAGGAUUUUAAGCUUCUCGUCGCAGAAAAAUUUGAAGUAGAGCCGGAAUUGCUAUGUUUAAUUUUCGCUGGAAAAAUUAUGAAAGACAAUGAUACGCUUAAAUCACAUAACAUUAAAGACGGGCUAACUGUUCAUCUGGUCAUCAAAUCGCCCCCACGUUCCCAAACUAAUCAGCCACGUCCACAGGCUGAUGUUCGUGCCACACCAUUCGGUCUGAAUCAACUGGGUGGAUUGGCCGGUUUAGACGCAUUGGGCAUGGGCUCUGGAAAUUUUAUGGAAUUGCAAGGACGCAUGCAAAAUGAAUUACUAAACAAUAGCGAUUUAUUGCGAACCAUGCUUGAUAAUCCACUCGUACAACAAAUGAUGAAUAAUCCUGACAUCAUGCGUCAAUUUUUGACUUCGAAUCCACAAAUGCAAGAGUUAAUGCAACGCAAUCCAGAAAUUGCCCACAUGAUAAAUAAUCCUGAAUUAUUACGUAAUACAAUGGAAUUAGCUCGAAAUCCGUCGAUGUUACAAGAAUUGAUGCGAUCACAUGACCGUGCUAUGUCAAAUUUGGAAAGUGUACCAGGUGGAUAUAAUGCGUUGCAAAGGAUCUAUCGUGAUAUUCAAGAGCCGAUGUUGAAUGCUGCAACAGAGCCAUUUAAUAGAAAUCCAUUUGCUGGAUUGGUUGAUAAUAAUACAAGCGGAGCUAACCCACAACAGGGCACCGAAAAUCGAGAACCAUUACCAAAUCCAUGGAAUUCAAAUGCAAACGCAUCAUCUGGCAGUGGUUCCGGACAAGCCGGUAGCGGAAGUGGCGGUCGACCUGGAGUUGGGAUUAUGAACACGCCAGCUAUGCAAAGCUUAUUACAGCAGAUGGCAGAUAAUCCUGAAUUAAUGCAGAAUAUGCUUAAUGCUCCAUACACACGGAGUGUUAUCGAAGCUAUGUCUGCAGAUCCAGCAUUGGCAACAAAUCUUCUCAACUCCAGUCCGAUUUUGGCGAAUAAUCCUCAACUUCAAGAACAGAUGCGUACAAUGAUGCCACAAUUCCUGCAACAAAUGCAGAAUCCUGAUAUGAUGCAAGCAUUAAGCAAUCCACAAGCCUUAAAUGCCAUCUUACAAAUUCAACAAGGCAUGGAACAAUUACGACAAGCUGCACCUGGUCUAGUUGGUACUUUAGGUACACCACCAGUUCCGCCAGGCUUUACGCCAGGAGCUGGAACGACAGCACCUACAGGAUCAACAACACCAACAACUGGAUCGUCCACCACAAACACAACAUCAUCCGGAGGUGGUGCAGCGCCUGGUGCUCCGGAUGCUGCUUUAUUCAGUGAAUUUAUGGCUAGAAUGAUGAAUGGAAUGAGUCUAGGUAAUAAUCAACAAUUACCCCCCGAAGAGAGGUAUUCGUCACAAUUGGAGCAGUUGACAGCGAUGGGUUUUCUUAAUCGGGAAGCUAAUUUACAAGCUCUUAUCGCAACAUUUGGUGACAUCAAUGCAGCUGUGGAAAGGUUAUUGGCCCUCAAUCAAUUAUCUUUAAGCUAACGCGUUCUUGUACAAGAAACUAAAAAACUUCAAACGUACUAAAUAAAUAAAAAAAGGAAAAACAAGAUAAACAUUCAAAAUGUUGAACAAACUAUGAACACAUUAAUGAAGCAAAGAAGGAACACCAAAAACGAUUAGACAACACACUGCGCGGAUUAAUUAUUACUAAAUUGAGAAACUAAAAACAUAUUUUAGAGAAAAACAAUUCACUUUGAAAGCUAUUGCCUGAUUGUUUUCCUUCUUUACUCCAAAUUGUACUACACAUGCGAACAAUUGAUUAAAAAAACAGCAAAACUAAAGAUUCAAAAAAUUACCGAAAACAAAUUAUUGCUCUUUGGGCAACCAAGCUAAUAUUCAAAACACGAAAAAAUGAAAAAUCUGUCGUCGGAGUACAUCAACGGUUUUGAGUAAAAUUUUUAAAAUGUGUAUUUCCAUUAUAAAUUUGAUAUUAAUUUUUUUCAUGAGUUAUAAUAUAAUGAUUAUUCAUUAUGGGUCUAUUUACUGAGGAUUGAAGUCUAGAGGCAUGGAAAAUACACAGAACAUAAGCGCUAGUGCAUUCAUAAAGGGAUUCAUCCUAUUUUUACUCGCUUUUUUUUAAACUGUACUACGCAAAUAGGAAUUAUAUUCAUAAUGGAAUCAGGAGAUUUAGGAGCCAGAUGUGCGUUUGUGAAAAGUACAACGGCGAAUUAUUAUUUGGAUCCGUAUAAAAUGUAAUUUUAUAGACAAAGGUUUUUCAAUGGGACAUUUUGAGACUACGAGCAAAUAUAGAUGUAAACGCUAAGCUUGGGUUUAGUUAGUUUAGUUGGGAGACUCGUUCGAAGCAACCUUAUGAUCGUAGCACUGUAGAUUAUUAUUAACUACACUCUAUGGAUUUAUACAAACUGGAGUGAAACAUUCAGAAUUAUUGUCCUUGUUAAAAGCAAAGAAUUGUCCUUCAACCGAUUUUGCUUAGAAAACAUUCUACGGGCUCUUUUUCCCCCACGUAAUUGUGUACUAGCUACAACCUUCCAAUUUUAGUUUAUGUAUUAUUUGUUCAACGUCUACAAAGUUAUUACAUACAGAAUAAUGAAGAGGUUUAAUUUUUUUUUUUGCGCUGAUGUGUAAGGAGUAUAUUCUUGUAUUCAGUAAUAAUUGUAAUGGUUAAGAUUUUUUUUUAGAUAUUAAACGAAUCAAAUUUAAAAGAGGAAAAUACGCAGAAUUAACAACAUAUAAAUGUGAAAUGGUAAAAAACAAGAACUGGUUAAAUAUAUAUUUUAAAGAAAUGUCUAUAUUCAAAAAAUUGAAAGGAGGUUAGUUAUAUAUAUAAUACAAUAAAUGCAAAAAGAGUAUGUAAGUAGUUAUAAUGAUUGCAAAAAGAUGAGAAAGGAAAUAAAAACACAAAAUAUAUAGAAGGUAAAUCACACCAC